AUGCCAAAUUCAUAUCAUUAUUUCGAAGCAGGUGAAGUAUCUCUUCAACGAAUACAAUUAGAAAUUGAAAUACUCAGACAAUUGCAAGAGGCAAAUCUGUUGUAUGAUAUCGACUGGGGUGCGUACGAUACAGUAGCAUUAAAGCUUUUCGUCCAGGCCGGAAUAAAUGAGGUUAAGAAUGAACUCGAUCGUCGGCAAACUCAGCAAAUAACAAGUUUUGAACAAGUGAAUUUUAUUAAAUUAUCUGUUCAAAGAUCUUUUGUAAAACAAGAAGAUUUUCAAUCGAAGAGUUCAUCUGUAAUCCUUAUUUUGAAUACAGUAUUGAUUAUUUUCUGUAUUCUAUCGAUCGGUGGUCUUCUUUUGUAUGAAUAUGUUCAUUUUAAUGAUGAACAUCGUCUCUUCAUGACAUUAGAUUAUCCUUUAACAGCAAAACGACGACAAUUGUCAUUUACAGAUAAUCUAUCGAUUAUUCUAUUAACAUUCACGAGUUAUCUUGUCGUAAGUUACGUCAUAACCGCGACGCGAUUGAAUCGAAAAUUGAUUCUAUUCGGAAUUUUGACCUUGCUCAUUGUAAUACUAUUCUUAAUUAGAAAAGUUUACCAAGUAAUGACAUUUUUAUCGAAACAUCGAGAAAUCCGUUGGGCAAAUCUGUAUGAUUACUUAAAUUCGUAA